AUGCGUGAGAUUAUCUCUAUCAACGUCGGUCAGGCGGGUUGCCAAAUCGCCAACUCGUGCUGGGAGCUCUACUGCCUUGAGCACGGUAUUCAGCCUGAUGGCUACCUGACGGAAGAGCGCAAGGCCGCUGAGCCCGACCAUGGCUUCAGCACCUUCUUCUCCGAGACUGGUCAAGGAAAGUACGUUCCUAGGACUAUCUACUGCGAUCUCGAGCCCAAUGUCGUCGAUGAGGUCCGCACCGGUCCCUACAGGAGUCUUUUCCACCCCGAACAGAUGAUUACCGGAAAGGAGGAUGCUUCGAACAACUACGCUCGUGGACACUACACGGUGGGCAAGGAGCUCAUCGACCCCGUUUUGGACAAGGUGCGACGUGUUGCCGACAACUGUGUUGGUCUUCAAGGCUUCCUCGUUUUCCACUCCUUCGGUGGUGGUACCGGUUCCGGUUUCGGUGCCCUUCUUAUGGAGCGCCUCUCUCUCGACUACGGCAAGAAGAGCAAGCUCGAGUUCUGCGUCUACCCCGCUCCUCAGACUGCCACCUCCGUCGUUGAGCCUUACAACUCUAUCCUCACCACCCACACCACCCUCGAGCACUCUGACUGCUCCUUCAUGGUCGACAACGAGGCCAUCUACGACAUCUGCCGCCGCAACCUCGGACUUGAGCGACCCGAUUACGAGAACCUCAACAGGCUUAUUGCUCAGGUUGUCUCCUCCAUCACCGCCUCUCUCCGAUUCGAUGGCUCCCUCAACGUCGACUUGAACGAGUUCCAGACUAACCUCGUCCCCUACCCCCGUAUCCACUUCCCUCUCGUUGCUUACGCUCCCGUCAUCUCCGCCGCUAAGGCUGCCCACGAGGCCAACUCGGUCCAGGAGAUCACCAUGUCCUGCUUCGAGCCCAACAACCAGAUGGUCAAGUGUGACCCCCGCAGCGGCAAGUACAUGGCUACCUGCCUUCUGUACCGUGGUGAUGUCGUCCCCAAGGACGCCCACGCCGCCGUCGCCACCCUCAAGACCAAGCGUACCAUCCAGUUCGUCGACUGGUGCCCUACCGGCUUCAAGCUCGGUAUCUGCUACCAGCCCCCCGAGAUGGUCCCCAACGGCGACCUCGCCAAGGUCAACCGCGCUGUCUGCAUGUUGUCCAACACCACCGCCAUCGCCGAGGCCUGGUCGGCGCUUUCCAACAAGUUCGAUCUUAUGUACUCGAAGCGUGCUUUCGUCCACUGGUACGUUGGUGAGGGUAUGGAGGAGGGUGAGUUCUCCGAGGCUCGUGAGGACUUGGCUGCGCUUGAGCGUGAUUACGAGGAGGUUGCUGCCGACUCUAUCGAUAACGAAGAGGCGGCCGAGUACUAG